UCCGGUUCGAAACCGACCCGGAGACCACAAGGCCCGGCCCAAUUUGGUUCGAGCCUUCGAGGCCGCACGCGUCGCGGUUGCGAACACGAGGCGAGGAGGGGAGAGGAGGGGAGGCGGCGCGGCGGCGAGGAGGGGAGAGGAGAGGAGGCGGCGAUGGCGGCGAUCGGCUCCUCCAACGUCGGGUUCCAGCUGCUGAAGAAAUCGGGCUGGAAGGAGGGCACCGGCCUCGGCGCGCAAGAGCAGGGAAGAUUGGAGCCUGUAGAAAGUCGUGUGAAGAAUAACAAGCGUGGUUUGGGUUCCAAGGAACCAAAGCUAAAGCCAAAGGUUGACGAGGAUGGUGAAAAAGACCCUAAAAAACCCAAGCUGGAAGCACCGAAGAAGAAGGCCAAGUUGGCCGCGAAGAGGAUACGGAAGAUGCAAGAAGAAGAGAAGCGGUUACAAGAGAGGGAAUUUGAAAUGGCUUUCUUCAGGGAAUUUUGGCCCGAUAAUGUGUAGAACAGGAGGUUAACCUUGCUGGGCGGUUCGACCUGCUGGCUUCAGCUUAUUAGGCUCCCUUGUACAGAACAACAGCUUUGACUCCCUUGUUGUAUGUGGCUAAAAUGUUUACAUUGAUUCAAUGGAUGUUUCUGGAGAGAAUGCUGGUCUUGUAUCAUGAUUUUGUUGUAUAGAACUGUUUGCAAUGCUGUUA